AUGCAAUCUCAAUCUCUGGUCCGACACUUCUCCGCAUACAGCUUCCUAUCGCCAUUUCCUUCCAGCAUGUCCGUUCGUUCAGUCUUCGGGGCUCGUGCCCCCGCUAUGAUCAACUCUCUCGCCUCUCCCUCGCCGCUCCGCCAAUCCGCCCCGCAGAUAGCAUCCAAGUUUACCCGCCUCCACUCGACGGCCAUCCGUCCAUCGCAAUGCGCAGCUCCCAAGGUGGUCUUCCGACAUGUCCGAACUCCUCAGGCUUCCACCAACCGCCAGGCUGUUCGUACACAAUCGACCUCCGCGUCUGGAAAGGAUGAGGUCAAGUUGGACUGGAACUCCUUCUUCAAGCUCCGCGCCUCUCGCCGUCGCUACUCUCUGGCAUCCUCUAUUGGUACCUGCCUUGUGUCGACGACAAUCGGUGUGCAGCUCCUUACUUCGCAGGAUUUGGAGUCUCUCGGUGCUCAGGUGAUGGGCCUUGACCCCUUCGUGGUUCUCGGCCUGGCAACCGCAGCCUGCGGUGCUGUGGGUUGGCUGGCCGGCCCGGUUGUCGGCGAGGGUGUUUGGGGUCUGGUUUACCGACGAUUUAAGCCAUCCGUUGCAACAAAAGAGAAGGAAUUCUUCGAUCGGAUUCGACGAUUCCGCGUGGACCCCUCGACCAACUCGAUUGCAAACCCGGUUCCCGACUACUACGGCGAGAAGAUUGGCAGUGUGCAGGGGUACCGACAGUGGCUCAAGGACCAGCGCGCAUACAACCGAAAGCGCCGCAACUUCAUUGCUUAA